GGGAGGGAGAGGAUCGUCUUCCGAUAUCUUUCUUGCUUUAUCAGACAGUAGCAUUGUGGCUGUGAUAAAAGUCCCAUCUGUAUAUAAUUACUAAUUAAUAUGGUCUAUCACUCCAGUUUUGUUGAUGAGGAAGGAAUUACUAAAUCGUGUGGGUGCCCUCUACUUCCCCUUAAAAGCCACAUAAAAGGACCUGCUCCAGUUUCAGAACAAGAUAGCACUGAUGUUGUUGAUGAAGCAAUCACAUUCUUUCGUGCAAAUGUUUUCUUUAGAAACUUUGACAUCCAGAGCUCAGCCGAUAAGCUUCUCAUUUACUUAACAUUCUACAUAAAUAUUGCAUUAAAGAGGCUAGAAGGCUGUAGAACUUUGGCUGAAGGAACCAAAGCAAUUAUUAAUCUUGGUCUGGAAGAUGUUCCUGUACCUGGGGAGCCUGGAUUCCCUUUCCCAGGACUAUUUGCUCUUCCACAAUCUAGAAAGGAAGCAGAGCUCUUCAGAAAUUAUUUGAAGCAAAUUCGGGAAGAAACAAGUGGAAGAUUAUUGAGCGUGGCGUAUCGACCCAAUGGGACACCCAACAAAUGGUGGUUGGCAUUUGCAAAGAGGAAAUUUAUGAACAUUAUUGUACCUUGAAAUAUACAUUUCAAAGAUGGGCAUCAAUGGCUUAAACAACCUCUUCUCUAAAUAUAAGCCAAACCGUUCAUGAACAGGAUGAUAUGUUGAUGUAAAAUUGUUUCUUUUUUCUUUGUUUAAUCUUUAUGCUUCUUUAAUUCUUGCAGUGUAGUUCAAAACAUAUAUGGUUUUUAAGAAAAUAAUAAUUCUUAGGCCUCAUUUGUUUCC